GGGGACGUUCGCGGAGUCCCGCCCCGGAGCCAGGGGUCGAGUACCUCUUUUGCGCUCAAACGCACUGAGGGCGAAGUCGGCGCGCGGUGGCGUCACGGCGCCAGCUCCUCCCGACGCUGAGGUGGGUUCCGGUAGACCAGCGGGUGUGGCCGCGCGAGACCAUGGGGGCUCAGGUAAGCGGCGGCCGCGGCGCCCCGGAGCCUGCUCAGCCCCAGCCCCAGCCUGCGGCGCCGGAGGGCCCGGAACAGCCCCGGCCUCAGCCCGAGCCCGAGCCCAGCCCGUGGGGGCCGCUGGACGACGUGCGCUUCCUCAUCGCCUGCACUUCCUGGUACUGACGGCGUCUUCUGGAGGAUGCCGCCCGUCUGUCCGCCGUCCCCUGUGGUUCUUGCUUGCCUUGUCUCCUCUCCCCACGUCCCUGCGUCUCUUACACCCCCUCCCACCCGAGGCUCCCCAGAGAUAGCAGAGAAUUCGAAGAGGUCGCCGAGGACUGGAAAGAAGUCCCGGCCGGGCCGCCUUCGCGGUCUACAGCCCAGCCUGCACCCAAACCCAGCUCAGACCUUCGUGUUCACCCCAUCCCUUUCUCCGGCUGGCUGGGUCAGGGGCAUCCCUCUCUGUCGCUGGCUUCCAGAGGCAGGGCAGGCCUCCUGAUAAGCCCGUAAAGCUGCUGACCUCCUGACUUCGUCUGCCUUUUAUUAAUAAUCUUUAUUGCUGAUAA